AAUAUUUCCUUCCUUCUUUUUCGCAUGCAAAAACCAAACAUAUAUCAGCAACACCGUCAACGCGAAUACAGAUAUUUACGAGCGAAAAUACAGAAAUAAAUGUGGCAAUCCUGACAAAGUGUAGUCCGCGGUGUAGCUACACCGCAAAAUAGAAAACCUAAACUACAUUAAAAAUCUCUUUUACUUAGGUCAGGGCCAAUUCGGUUUAUUCGCGUUGAAAGAGAUUUCGAAGGCUGUUCGCACCUACGGGAACUCUCAAACCAAACAAAUAUCAGCAACACCGUCAACGCCAAUUCGAUUUCGAUUAUUAAACUCUAUAAAUAUUUUAAAUAUCGUUCAAGUUCUACUUCUAGAAGCUAUGAUUUCAAUUAGACAAUUAUCGUUGUUCGGAUGUAUUGUUCGAAAUCAGUUUCACACUACUUCCGUUUAUGCUGAAAUUAGAAAACUAGCACGGUUACGAGUGGUAGAUAAUAGUGAAAUUGGCAAACGAGCAAUGGCAGAAGGUAAACCACCCAAGUGCAUUCACGUGUAUAACAAACGAAUGGUAGCAAAACUCGGCGAUAAAGUUUUGGUUGCGGUCAAAGGGCAAAAGAAGAAGGCCAUUCUAGUCGGAUGCAAACAAAGACAACAGUCUAAAAUUCCUCAAUAUGACAGCAAUAAUAUUGUCCUGAUUGAUGAUAAUGGCACUCCUCUGGGGACGAGAAUACACGUUCCGGUACCAACUAUAUUGAGGACUACAUUAAAAGAAAAGGCACAAUCGAAAGGAACCGAUUAUUCUAAAUUGCUUGGAAUAACUAAUAGAUUUGUUUGAAAUAAAUAAAAUACAAUUUAAUCAUAAA